GGUUGUACUUCGGUCGUGAGAAAAAGCUAAGAUGGCGUCUCGUUAAGAUGCACAGGAUGGCCUGAAGAGAGUCAUGAUGUUGAUCGAAAAAUGAUUUAUCCCGACAGUUAUUGAGAAAAGUUUGAGAUUGUCGUUUACUGUUAAACGAACACCAGCCACUCCUAUAUUAAGCUCGUGCGGUUGGCAGAGCGGUGUGUAUGGAGAACCGAAGCUGAAAACGGUCAACUUUGCUAGCCAACAGAACAGGACCGAGCACAGCUGGUUAGCUAACUACCAGUCAUCCCAACAACAGAGGAAGGAGUGCGGCCACAGUCCUUAUCAUACCCCGGGACAUCGAGGUGUCUUCGGGGAAAUGGAAGUGGAAGAGUUUAUCCCUCCUCCGGAGUGUCCAGUAUUUGAGCCGUCAUGGGAGGAGUUCCAGGAUCCGCUGGGCUACAUUGCCAAGAUACGUCCAAUUGCCGAGAAAUCCGGAAUUUGUAAAAUUCGGCCUCCACCAGACUGGCAGCCACCAUUUUCAGUGGAGUUGGAAAACUUUCACUUCACUCCUCGCAUCCAGAGGCUAAAUGAGUUGGAGGCUGAGACCAGAGUGAAACUCAAUUAUUUGGACCGCAUUGCCAGAUUUUGGGAGAUUCAAGGAUCAUCUUUAAAAAUCCCACAUAUCGAAAGGCGCAUUCUCGAUCUGUACAGCUUGUCAAAGAUUGUGGCAGAGGAAGGUGGCUUUGAGCUGAUCUGUAAGGAACGGCGAUGGGCUCGUAUAGCACAGAGGCUCGGCUACCCUCCAGGGAAGAACCUCGGGUCUUUGCUGCGGUCACACUAUGAGAGGAUUGUCUAUCCGUUUGAAAUGUUUCAGUCUGGUGGCAGCCUUACGCAUUGCAAGCCAAAGCAUUAUGACGGUGAAGAUGUGGAUAAAGAGUACAAGCCUCACUCCAUCCCAUUGCGACAGUCUGUGCCGCCAUCUAAAAUGAGCAGUUAUGGACGCAGAGCAAACCGGUGCCAGCCCGAUGGUCCAGAGGAUUUGACCCCACAUCCUCUCACCACUGGCUCUCAACUCAUCUCUGCGCCUGAACCUACAGAGGAAGACAUAGAGAAGAACCCCGAGCUAAAGAAACUACAGAUCUACGGUGCGGGGCCAAAGAUGAUGGGACUUGGACUGGUAGCAAGGGACAAAGGUAUCAAGAAAAAAGAUGAGCUGCCUCAGACUGUUACCAUCAAGGAUGCCACAUUCCCUGCUUCUGGUGAUUCUCCUGUCAAAUCUGAGCCACUAGACUCUGAAGAGAAGCAAACUGAUGGGGGCUCAUCCACCCCUCAGCUACCUCCUCACACUGUUACAGUGAAAACUGAGGUGAAGAAGGAGGAAGAUGGAGAGGAUGGGUCCAAAAUGACCAUGAGGCUUAGACGAAACAUAACCAACCCACAGUGUGUGGAUUCUUUUAUCUGUCGAAUGUGUGGUCGGGGAGAUGAGGAUGAGAAGCUCCUUCAGUGCGACAGCUGUGAUGAAAACUAUCACACCUACUGUCUCCUGCCCCCCCUCACUGAUCCUCCCAAAAGCAAGUGGCGAUGCCCAAAGUGUGUGGUUGAAGAGUGCAAGAAACCGUCAGAAGCAUUCGGCUUUGAACAAGCAACCAGAGAGUAUACUUUGCAGAGCUUCGGAGAAAUGGCAGACGCUUUCAAAGCAGAUUACUUCAACAUGCCUGUUCAUAUGGUUCCCACUGAGCUCGUGGAGAGAGAGUUCUGGAGAUUAGUCAGCAGUAUUGAAGAAGACGUGACGGUUGAGUAUGGAGCAGACAUACACUCCAAAGAGUUUGGGAGUGGCUUUCCGAUGAAUAACGGGAAGAAGAAACUCACAAAAGAAGAAGAGGAAUAUGCACGUUCUGGCUGGAACUUAAAUGUGAUGCCUGUUUUGGAGCAGUCGCUCCUUUGCCACAUUAAUGGAGACAUUUCUGGGAUGAAGGUGCCAUGGCUUUAUGUGGGCAUGGUAUUUUCAACGUUCUGCUGGCACAUUGAGGAUCACUGGAGCUACUCUAUUAACUACCUGCACUGGGGCGAACCCAAGACUUGGUAUGGGGUUCCUUCUGCGGCAGCUGAACAACUUGAAGAUGUUAUGAAGAAGCUGACACCAGAGUUGUUUGAGUACCAGCCUGACCUUCUGCACCAGCUCGUCACCAUUAUGAACCCAAAUAUCCUCAUGGCUCAUGGUGUCCCGGUCGUUCGCACCAACCAGUGUGCUGGUGAGUUUGUAAUCACCUUUCCUAGAGCCUACCACAGUGGCUUCAAUCAGGGAUAUAACUUUGCUGAAGCAGUCAACUUCUGCACUGCAGAUUGGCUUCCUGCUGGCCGACACUGUAUUGAGCAUUACCGCCGUCUGAGGAGGUAUUGUGUGUUCUCUCAUGAAGAGCUCACUUGUAAAAUGGCUGCAUCCCCAGAGAAACUGGACCUUAACCUGGCUGCAGCUACGCAUCGGGAGAUGUUCAUCAUUGUUCAAGAAGAGAGAAAACUGCGCAAGAAUCUGAUGGAAAGGGGCAUCACAGAAGCCGAGCGAGAGGCUUUUGAGCUGCUGCCUGAUGAUGAAAGGCAGUGUGACAAAUGUAAGACGACAUGCUUCCUCUCUGCUCUGGCUUGCUCCAACUGUCCUGAACGACUGGUUUGUCUCUACCACACUCAGGAUCUGUGCAUCUGUCCCACUGAAAAGCUCUACCUCAGGUACAGAUACACCUUGGAUGAGUUGUUAGCAAUGCUCCAUCGAUUGAAGGUUAGGUCGGAGUCCUUUGAUGCCUGGGCCAACAGGGUAAAAGAAGCACUUGAACAGGAAGAAGGAAACAAAAUUGAGACUCAUGACUUGGAGAAGUUGAAGGCCGAAGCAGCAGAGAAGAAGUUUCCUGACAAUGAACUUCUUAGGAAACUCAACACUGUUUUUAAAGAUAUAGCAUACUGCCAACAGACAAGUGCUGAGCUGCUCAGUAAUUCAAAGACUGGUGAUAGCAGGUUGACCUGGGCUGAGCUGAAGUCCUUGGUUGAGAAAAUGCAAAACUUACCUUGUGUGAUGAACCAUUUAGAGAAAGUUAAGGCGGUUUUGCGGACUGUUGAGGACUUCCAAAAACAGGCCCAAGUAUUGGUCAAUAACAAGGACUGGAGGAAAGAGUCGCCUCCUCCUGAGCAGUUGCAGAGUUUGUUGGAGCAGGGAGGCAAGCUGCCUGUCGUGGUGCCAGAGUGUGGUUCACUCCAGGGCCUAAAGGCACAAGGCCACUGGCUGGAAGAGGUGAGGCGCACUCUGGGCACAGGAGGAGGGCAGAGACACGAAGUAACACUGGAAGUACUGAGGAACCUAAUGGAAGCAGGCUGCAACGUGCCUCAGAGCGUAUCUGUGGAGACGGCCAUGGCUGAGCUUCAGGAACUGCUCACGAUCGCUGAACGCUGGGAGGAAAAAGCACAGAUCUGCCUAGAACAAAAGCAGAAGCAUCCUCUCUCCACCCUCGAGGCAAUUGUAAAUGAGGCCCAGCUUAUUCCCGUCAAGCUUCCCAACAUUGAGUCUCUACGGGGCUGUUUAACGCGAGCUCGGGCCUGGGUGACAGACUUGGAGGAAAUCCAGAAUGGGGAGCAUUACCCAUGUCUGGAUGAUCUGGAGGGUCUGGUGGCAAUAGGAAGGGAUUUACCAGUCUUAAUGGAAGAGUUAAGGCAGCUGGAGCUGCAGGUGGCCAGUGCUCACUCCUGGAGGGACAAGGCCACCAAGACCUUCCUAAAGAAAAGCAGUCAGCACAGCUUACUGGAGGUUUUAUGUCCAUGUGUGAAGAGGAGGGAGAGGCGGACCGAGACUACGCCGUUGGAUGAUUCUUUAGAUGACUCAGAUUCCAACACUCUGGGGCUCUCAGCUCAAGCGUUGAGGGACCCUGCAGCUAUUGUAUUGGCAUUCAAAGAAGGGGAGCAUCAGGAAAAGGAGGCACUUCUGAGGUUGCAGAAAGCGAACAUGUGUAAAUCUGGACUUAACACAGCAAGCUGUAAGGACAACGGGUGGUGGGAUGAGACCAUGAACUCUGUUAAAGAGAACAUAAACGGUAGCCACAGUGGCACCACCCCUCUUCAGUCAGUGUGUGUUUGCGCCGGGCCUUCCCGUGCUCCUCAGCUCCGCUGCUAUCUGUGCAAAGACUGGUUCCAUGGCGGCUGUGUUUCUUUCCCCUCCCUCCUGCCGCCCUCUAGCCCACAAAGUAACCAUCUUUGUUGGUGGGACUGGGACACCCGCUUUUUAUGCCCGCAGUGUCAGCGGUCACGCCGGCCUCGUUUGGCAACUAUUCUCGCAUUGCUCGUAGCCCUGCAGAGGUUACCUGUGCGUCUGCCAGAAGGAGAAGCUCUACAGUGUCUGACAGAGAGAGCCAUCACGUGGCAGGGCCGAGCCAAGGAGGCGCUGGAGAUGCCAGAACUGCAGCAAGCACUUCAGGAGCUACAAGAACUCGCAGAGAAAGAGGAGCAGAAGGAAGAGGAUGCAGAAGGGAAUUCGGUUAUUGUUUUAUCAGACUCUGAGGGAGGAGAAGGAGAGGAUGGAGUUAUUGAUUUAACAGAAGACAAUUCCCCCAUUAAGAAAACAAAGGAACUCAGUGCUUCUCAGGCUGAAUGUCAGAAUGGUGUCAGCAAGAAGUCAAAUGUUACAGGUGUGGAGUCUCUGAUGCCCCUGCUGCCUUUGCUGAAAGGCCGAGUGGUGAAGCUUUCCCCAACCACCAGGGAGCAGCUGAAGGAGCUGCAGCUAGAAGGAGACCUGUUGGAGGUCACCUUGGACCAGACGUACACCAUCCACAGAGUCCUGCAAGCUGCCUCAGACCCUCCCAAAGAAACACUGCAAACACUCAUUCAGAUUGAGCUUGAGGAGCAGCGAGGGGCGAGGACGAGCCGUGGACGACCAAAGGACAAAAGGAAGAGAAAGGGUCACAGUGGCAGCAGCGCAGACGGAGCAGGAGACCAACCUUUGGAUGUCUCUCACUCAAAGAAAACCUGUCUUCUCAAAAACAGCCCAGCUCGUCACUUAAAUGUUGAAAUCCAUCCAGAGAUUUUGUGAUGCAGUCAACGUGGGAGCUGUGUUCAGAAGGAUUUGUCCUUUUGAAAGAUACUGGAGAAGCAGAACUUUCCGUGCCAGAAACAGUGUCAAGUUCUAGAACGAUGCAGGACAUCCCCUCUCUCCUCCAUUUACCCCCCCCCCCCAACGCCCGCUUCAUCCCUCACCCAUGUGAUCAGACACUAACAGAGAAAUGACUGUUCUUCUACACUCCACUGUUGCAUCAAUAACUCAGCAGUAUCUCUCUCUCAUUAUUAUUUUGUCACAUACUUUCUUACCUGAGCAUUUGUUUCCAGAGACUGUUGGACCGAUGUGAGACUUGCCGUUAAAGCAGCUUCUUUGGUUUCGAGUUCUCCGAGGUCGGUCAGUUUGCUUUGUACUCCCCACGUUGUUAAAUGCUAGUUCAGUCUCAGGACCAACAGCAUCAGUUUCACUUCAUAGGAGCUCUCAUGUUGACCCUGGAUAAGCUAUGGGUUAAUUUAAUCUGUUAUUUGGGCCUGAAUCCCGACAUUGAGGGUACAGUGCAGGAUUUCAGACUGCUGACCUGAGACGAACGUUACCAUGGUCACACAUGCUUCUUCUUUAGUUGUAUUUAAUCUUGUGUUUGAAGCUGUUUCUAGGAGACGUGCAUUUUCAACACCCUGAGUAAAUUUUGGGAAGUGUUUAAAAACAGGCAUUAAUGUUUUUGGUGCUACUUUUCCAAAAUGAAUAUAUGUACCUCUUGGCUUUAUUGUUUUAUCCUUACCUUCUGCUCAGCGCUUUGUUUUUUAGAUCCCAUCCUUUGGACUCCAUGAUGUAUUCCGCUCAGUCUCAUCCAUCCUCAUUAUUUUCACUUUUCAAAUUAAGGUUACUUCACUGUAACUCACUCGGUCUCAACUUGUUUUGUUUAUGGCCUCAAAUGACUAUAUUAUUAUUAUUAUUAUUGUUGAUAUUGCGGACACAAAGUUGUCUUGAGUUUGUGUAUAAACCUUUCAUUUUACUGUUGCCUUUGUUUCUUUUCACUCUUGUUAGUAAAAAAUAAAGGUUUAGAAUUGUUUAGGA